AUGGCAUUUUUAUGCAAAAGUGAAAGAGUGCUAAACUUCAAUCCAAAUGAUGUAACACAGAAGCACUUUGAAGACUAGACUAAUCCUUAAUUAGGUCCAGGAACAUACUUUGGAGUCAAGCAAUUUUCUAAUACAAAACAAUCACUAGUGCCAUUUCAGACUUCAAAAGUGAGGGAAAUCUCUGAAGUUACAAAUAAAAACCCAGGCCCAGGAGAAUAUAAAAAGAAUAAACCUGGUUUCAACUCCAAAGAAGCCAGGUUUAACUAUAAAUUUGAGUCUAAUUAAAGCAAAGAUGGAAUAAAUUUAGGUCCUGGUUAAUAUGAUUUAGAAAAAUCUAGCUGGUUAAGAUAGAGCAAGAAUCUAUAAUUUUUAAGAGCUUAGUCCUAAAUAAGGAAUAAUAUCAGGCUCCUUGAUGAUUAAAACAAGAAUAACACAUAGAAUCUUUCACAGUUACAUCAUUCUCCACCUUCAAUUCCAUCUGGUGAUUUUAGAUUUGGAUAUAAAGUUGGUGAUGACGGGUAUCAUGUAGUAUCCUUGAAAUUAAUGGAGGAAAAUAACUCAGAAAAACUUGGAGAUAAACUAGGCCCUGGUGCAUACUAAAAUAUUGAUGGAAUUAGAAAGAUUAGAAAUAAUAUAAUUCCUUAUAUUAAAGACACUAGUAAGAGAACAAAAGUUGAACUGGAUAUUUAGAGUAAAGUGAUUGGACCAGGGAGUUAUGAUUUGCUAAAGCCUGUUAUGGUACCAGCCUAUAAAUAUAACUCUAAUUAGUAAUCAUCUAUGUUUGCUUCUCAAACAAAAAGAACUUCAAGUGUUAAUAAUUUAUCAAAGAGUAAGAAUAAACUUCACACUUAGUUAAGAAGAUUUUCACAGCUUGAUGGAAUUGGAAGCCGCAACUCAAAUAGUAUAAUUGAUAUUAAAAGUCAAAACUCAUAUUAGCUUUAGCUAGAAUCUGCUAAGGACUAAAGUUAAAUAAUUACUUUAAAGUUAACCAAUUUGAAUACUAAAGAACAGGGAAUCGAAGAAGAAGAGGAAUUAGAUUAAGAUCAAAUGCAAAAAAUAGAAUCAUUAUUAGAGCAUGUCUCUCCUGGGCCAGGUUCAUAUAUAAGUUAGGAUUUAAAUACUUCAUUUAAGAAAUAGCUUAAGAAUUCUAAGUAUUAAUUUUUUGGUUCCCAAGUUGAGAGAUUUCAAUUAGCAAAAGAUCAAGAUAAUGAUCUUAAACAAAAUUUAGGUCCUGGUUACUAUCAAUACAACCCUGAAGAGAUAGGUAAAUAGAAGUAUAAGUUCAAAACUGUUGGCUUCAAUACUGAGCUCUAGAGGUUUCAUACUAGAGACAAAGGAAUACCUGGUCCAGGCCAUUACAAAAAUACAGAUUAAGGAGUCAAAGCAACAAAAGACCAAUAAUCAUAUAAUAGAAUGAUUUUACCAUUUGGUUUUGUUGAGAAAAGAUUCGUCCUAAGAGAUAAUCAAGUUCCUGGCCCAGGUGAGUAUAAACCAGAAAAAUCUAUGAAAGCUCUUUAAAAUAAGAAAAAUGAAAUCUUAUAAGGCAGUGCCUCUUUUCUCGCUCAAGAUACUGAAAGAAGAAUAGCUGAUCCAGUCUUGCAUCACUCGCCUCCAGUAGGUUCUUAUAAUCCAGAUGUCUUAACUAUAAAGUAUAAUUAAGCAAAGCGAAAUGAUGAAAUAGAGACACCAACAAAUAAAAGUAAAAUUCAAACAAGCUCAAGGAAAGUCCAAUCAUUAAGACAAAAUGACAAAACUGAGGUAAAAAAGCAUGAAAUAAGUAGGUUUGAAUCCUCAUUAGAUAUUAUCUAUAAAGACAGGUUGACACCAAUUAGAGGGCCAGGAUACUAUAAUGGACACGAAAAAAAUUCAAUGCAGUCUAAGAAAGGGAAUCAUGAUUAUUUCACAUAAAGUAAAAGAUUUGAAUACGGUUCCUAUUUAGAUAAAUAGCAUAUGAAAAUGGCUCCAGGACCAGGCUAUUAUAGAGGUGUUGAUGAUCCUUACUCACGUAAGAAUAGAAGUUUCAACUUAAUGUUUAGCUGA